UGUUCAGUGUAUAGCAGCGGUUAAAGAGGUGUCUAUGUCAUCAGCUGUUUGUUGUGCAGCUCGUGUAAUUGGAGGAAAUAUUUUUAUUAAUUUUAAAUAGUUUGCGCAAAAUGCAGUUGACGUUAAUUAACUUUUUUAAGAAAACUGUGCCAGGACACAUUUUCCGAGGUAAGCGGCGACUUAUAAAACCCGUCAGUAAGCGUGCAAUGGACACGCUACAACGCGAUUAUGAAAGACAAGAGCAAAAUAUGUUAUGGUUGCGACAUCCUUACUUGACAGUUGAGGAAUCGUCAGGUCAUGCUAAGGAGCUGGGGAAGACACAAGCUAAACUUGCGAUGUGGAACGAUAGACAGACUCUAGGGAAAUUGAAACCACACAUAACGAUUGAAGAGCGACUGGCACAUUUAAAAGUAAAAGAAGCCUGGGAGUAAGAAAAUGACUAAAUCUGUCAUCUGCUAAAGAGGGCCAACAAGUUAAGAUAGAAUAAACUCUCACAUAUGAAAUAGUUUUUCUUUUAUUUAUUAAUAAAUUGUUUAAUGCAUAAUAUAUUUUA